AUGAAGUACAUCAUUGGCAUCGGCGGCGUUACCAACGGCGGGAAAACCACCCUCACCAACCGCUUGAUCAAGAACCUGCCGAACUGUUGCGUAGUGCAUCAGGACGACUUCUUCAAGCCACAAGAUCAAAUCGAAGUUGGCGAAGAUGGCUUUAAGCAGUACGAUGUCAUCAGCGCCCUGGACAUGGACGCCAUGAUGAGCACCAUCUACGCUUGGCUGGAAAACCCGGUGAAGUUCGAGAAGUCCCACGGCGUCAACAACACCCUGGAUGACGAGAUCGCGCCAAAGUCCGACCAUGAGAAGGAGGAGGAGACUCACAUCCUGAUCGUGGAGGGCUUUCUGCUUUACACCUACGGCCCUUUGAUCGACGUGUUAGACCAACGUUACUUCAUUUCCAUCCCGUACUACGAAUGCAAAAAGAGGAGGUGCUCAAGAAACUACAGCGUACCAGACCCACCGGGCCUGUUUGACGGACACGUGUGGCCCAUGUACCUGAAACACAAGACCAUCAUGGAGACAUCUGCAGUCGCUGUUGAGCAGCUCGAUGGAACCAAAUCCAAACAUCUCUCUAAAAGCUUUACAAGCGGCUACGAGGAACAUGCAGCCUUUAUAUCCAACGUGCAAGAAGCAACACCACCGCUCGCCUUAAGUUUAUACCUGGCAGCUUUUUGGCCGCCUGUUUUUGUACUUUUUAACACGGCAUGA